GCCCGUUGGAGAUGAGAGUCCAAGAAGAUGACGCAAUCCUGGUUAUUCUAUGCAGCACUCUCCGUCUCGUUCACUUUAUUAUACACACAUGCCCAUUGUUUCACACUUCCCACUGUAAACACUUUUCUAUAUUAUCAUCAUUCUCAUGAAUGACGAACUCAUCAAUGCCCAUCGUAUCAUUAUUCCAUUGAUUUCAUCUACUACCACUCCUUUUCUUUUUAUUUAACCAUUACACACAAAUGCUUAGAUCACUAUUUUUCAACCCCGUCUCAAGCUUUUCCUCUGUAUCUCAAUUGGGUUUCUCAAGAUUCUUGAUUUUCAACGAGAUUACUGCGAGGAAAUCAAGAAUGGGGACUUCUUGUUACACGACGUCGUCUGGGCAGACAGCGAGGCUGCUGUUUAGGCAGCUGUUUGAGAAGGAGUCGUCGACUUAUACUUACCUUCUUGCUGAUGCUUCUCACCCCCAAAAGCCUGCUGUGUUGAUUGAUCCAGUAGACAAGACAGUUGAAAGAGAUCUUGCGCUUAUUAAAGAUUUAGGUCUCAAUCUUAUUUAUGCUAUGAAUACUCAUGUACAUGCUGAUCAUGUUACUGGUACUGGCUUAAUUAAGACUAAGGUGCCUGAUGUGAAAUCUGUUAUUUCUAGAGCAAGCAAUGGUAAAGCUGAUUGUUUGGUUGAACCCGGUGACAAAAUCAUUUUUGGGGAUUUAUUCUUGGAGGUUCGUAGUACUCCAGGUCAUACAUUAGGCUGUGUUACAUACGUCACUGGUGAUGGACCUAAUCAGCCUCAACCAAGGAUGGCUUUCACAGGUGAUGCUCUGUUGAUUCGCGGAUGUGGAAGAACUGAUUUUCAGGGGGGAAGUUCAGUACAGCUGUAUAAGUCGGUGCAUUCCCAGAUUUUUACAUUGCCCAAAGAUACAUUGGUGUGUCCUGCUCAUGACUACAAAGGGUUUACUGUAAGUACUGUGGGAGAGGAGAUGCAAUAUAAUGCUCGUUUGACGAAAGAUGAGGAAACUUUCAAGAAGAUCAUGGAGAACUUGAACUUACCCUAUCCAAAGAUGAUUGACAUAGCUGUGCCCGCAAAUAUGGUUUGUGGAUUGCAAGAUCCGAGUGUUAGUGCUAGCAUCUGAGUUUCCACUUUCCAGCCAACUCAUUGCACUUGAUGAGCUUGAUAAUUUCAUCCGACGUGACUGGCACUAAGCUAAUGUACAAAAGGCCGCGUCAUCUCCCUGACAAGUAUAAAACUCCACGAAUAUAGUAUUUCUGGUAAAAAUGAUUAAUAAACCGCACACAAGCUGUGCAUGUGUUCAAUAGAUUGUGCAACUGGUACUGAUACUGAUUAUGUGAACGGCUUAAAUCAAUAUCUAUUCGUGUAAUGGUUUUUGUUUGAUCAAUAAUGGUUGAUCUUCGAUGUACAAGUGAUCAAGGAGUAUAUGUACAUUAUUGUUCAUGGA